AUGAGUCACUGUGCCGACCCAGCUGAUAUCAUUUCAAUCGAAGACGACGACUCCAUGGACGACAAUUCUAUGAAUGAAUCCAUCUUUGGAGACUCGAUGAAUGAGUCCGAGGAGGACGACAAUGACGAUGUGUGCUUUGACACUGAGGAUCGGCGCGAGAAGAAAGCAUACGAGGUGGACUAUGUUGCACACAGCACCACACACCUUCGAAGGAUACAGAAUGUACAAAUAGAUCAAGUUGUCAAUAUAUUGGGCUUGGCGAACCAAGAAGCAGCCAUUUUACUUCGCUAUUUUCAGUGGAACAAGGAGAAGCUGUUUGAACGCUACACCGACUCACCCGAAAAAGUGCUUGAAUCAGCCGGCUUAGUGGAUGCUGUUGAAAAGGAUCGACAAGUGGCACCAACAUUACCAGCAAAGCGUGUCAAGAAUAGCUUCACAUGCGAGAUUUGUUUCGACGAUGACCCCGAUAUGGAAACAGCGGCUCUUUCAUGCGAACACCGAUUCUGCAACACCUGCUAUGAGCACUACUUGCGUCAAAAGAUCAUCGAGGAAGGCGAAUGCCGAAAUAUCCAAUGCCCUCAGGACAAGUGUAACAGGAUCGUGGAUGAGAAAACGGUGUCACUCUUGGUGGAUGAUAAAGUGAAAUCAAGAUACUCAGAAUUGCUUGAUCGUACCUUUGUGGAUGACAAUGAUGCCAUGCGAUGGUGCCCUGCCCCUGAUUGCGAAUAUGCCAUUGAAUGCCAUAUACCCAGCGUGUCCUUGAGCUCGAUCGUACCCACUGUAGAAUGCGGAGAAGGUCACAAAUUCUGCUUUGGUUGUGGAUUAAGUGAUCAUCAGCCAUGCGUCUGUUCUCUCGUGAAAAAGUGGUUACAGAAAUGCAAGGAUGAUUCAGAAACAGCCAACUGGAUUUCUGCUCAUACCAAGGAUUGUCCAAAAUGUCAAUCGGCGAUUGAAAAGAACGGAGGCUGCAAUCACAUGACAUGUCGAAAGUGUCGAUACGAAUUCUGCUGGGUGUGCAUGGGUCCUUGGUCCGAGCAUCGCUCUCAAUACUAUGCUUGUAACAGAUUUGAUGAUCGUUCAGCCACUGAAGCACGCGAGAAUCAAGCAAAAUCACGAGCAAGUCUCGAGAGAUACCUACAUUACUACAACCGCUAUGCCAACCAUGACCAAUCGGCAAAGCUUGACCAAGACCUAUACAGAAAGACGGAGCAAAAAAUGGAAGAAGUGCAGCAAAACAGUGAUCUAUCCUGGAUCGAGGUGCAGUUUUUAAAGAAGGCAGUGGAUACUACCGUUGAGUGUCGAAUGACGUUGAAAUGGACCUAUGCAUUUGCAUUUUAUUUGGAUCGCACUCAUCAAACAGCUAUAUUUGAGGACAACCAACGUGAUCUGGAGAUGGCUACGGAGCACCUUUCUGAAUUACUGGAUAAGCCGCUUGAACCUGAAAGCAUUGCACAGCUUAGACAAAAUGUGCUUGACAAGACUGUAUAUGUCAAACAUCGACGGGAUAUCCUACUUGAAGAUACCUUGAAGGGAUUACAAGAUGGACGAUGGAAUUUCUUUGUGGACAUUGAUUAG